GCCCCUACCAAGUCUCGAGAACCUCAGCCCCCCAAAGUCCCAUCCAAACUGACAACUUCCAAGCCUGCUCACCGUGAUCCGAUUCAGUUGGGUACUCAGCCUAAAGCUGAGCCCAAGCCACCCAAUGCCACUGAGUCUGCGACAAAGCCACAGCAGGUUUACACUAAGAAGCACACACAUCGCUCUAGCAAACCUAUCAUCAACUGGUUUCAGCGCAAGUUAUCAGGUACUGUGAAGCCGAGCAGGAUUGUAGAUCACGCGUUUGUACCGGGCAACUCACAGAACGCUCCAAACGGCAGGAAUGGUACAAACACGUCCCAUUCCAGGUCGAAUAGCCGUUCGGUAUCCUCUCCGUUACCACAGCUCACACCAAGUUCAUCGCAAAGACAGGGAGUAACUGGGAAUAGCAGUCGAAAUGGUUAUACCGCAUCUCAACGGAAGACUAUUUCUCUAAAUGGAGAGGGUGAUUUGGAUACCGGUUUCAUACAUUCAGAUGACGAAGAUCUUGACACGUCGACUCAUCGCUCGUCACUAGCUCGCGAUUCAUUUUGGUCUCCUGCUAGCGCUCUCGAAGCAGAUGAAGAUGCUUCUCUCCGCCCCCUCCGCCCAAGUUCACCCCCCUCUCCUUCACUAUCCCACUCCUCUUCUUCAUAUCUAUCCAAUCCUCGCACCUUCAGAAGUAUCGCCGCGAGCACCAAGCCAACAACAGUACUAAGCGUUGACCUUGGUCCUGCCGGAGUAGGACACAUAGCACAAGUUCCCAUCACACCGGUAUCCCAAGUUAAUCCUCGUUUUCCGCCCCAUGGACGGACAUCAUCUACCGGAACAAACAGCGGGUUGAUAGGCAGUGGUGCAUCCGUUACCUUCUCUGCUCUCCCGCCUUCUCUUCAAUCAUCUUCUCGCCCGCCUUCUUCCCUGAAUUUCAGCUCAUCCACGCCAGUAUCAUUAGGCCCGUCAUCUCACAUGCCUGGGCUACAGGCCCCUCUGUAUACCGCAUAUCAUCCCAGGAACAAUCCUCGUCCCUCUUCUCCACCCAUGGAUAAUGCUUCUGUUUUAACCCUUGCUUCUUCAGCUUAUGCCAUGCCCGGGCAACGCUUAACAAUGGGAUUUACGGGUCCAACUGCACUGUCGGGACUGGUCGGAAGUGGAGACUCGAUUUCUCAUUUAGAGGGCAGCUUUACCGGAGAUGCAGAAGGCGACGUCAUGAGCCAGUUUGUACUUGGAGAUGAUGAUCGCCACGAUGCUGAUGUGGAACGCGACGUAGAUGCCAGCGUGCGUGCUCUUCGUCCACGGAGCUCACGGAGAGGAAGUUGGGAGAGCGAGAUUAGUGGAUGGAGCGCUAGGAUUCUAGGAACGGGCGGCCCCAUAAGCAUGGGCAGCAAGAGCUUGUGGACGUACAAUAGCGCCAAGACUGGCGGACCUCUGAGUGUGGACGAUGAAGAAGUCACCAGUGGUUUGGAAACCUCACAGGAAGAAAAGAGUUCGACGGACGGACCAGAUCAAGUUGACGUGUCUUCACCUGAGACGCCUGCUGGGGGUGAC